CGUUCCCCAAUGUGUUGAAUGGACUAGCCCUUGAUGACCUUUGUCCCGGAAACAUGGCUGCCGCAGGUGCGGAAGGAUUGUUGAUUGACGUGGCCGGUGCGCGAUCUGCUUCUGCUGUGAAGGAACAUGAUCAGGGCAGUCAGAGAUACUGGAAGAGAACUGAGAAGAGACAAUGGGUGUUGGCAUAUUUCAUCGGCAAUGCAAUCCUGUACGCCUCCCGGGCCGCCAUGCCUGUCUGUGUACCCGCCAUAGCCAAGGAGUUCAGCUGGGACAAAACUGUGUCUGGCAGUGUUCUAUCAGUGUUUUUCUGGGGCUAUGCAUCAACUCAGGUGUUAGGAGGCUACCUGAGUGACAGGUUUGGAGGUGAGGUAAUCUCCAUGGUUGCUGCUGUUGGCUGGUCCACGAUCACCCUGCUCUACCCACAGCUCCUGUACCUCUUCAGUUCACAUGACACAUGCAUCAGGUUUGUCAUCCUGUGCAGAAUCCUACACGGGGCAUGUCAAGGUAUGCACUAUCCAUCCUUUACUAGUCUUCUGGCCCACCGCAUCAGAGAUACAGAGCGUGCCCUGGCAUACAGCAUAGUUAGUGCAGGCUCACUUUUCGGGGCCCUGUUGAUGGGUUGUUUUGGCUCCAUAGUGCUGGUGCAUUUGGGGUGGCACACCGUCUUCUACGUAACGGGUGUGGUAGGUCUACUGUGGGCGGCUGUCAUGAGAAUAUUCUUUGUGAGCAGGAGAAACAUUGUGUCCAUAAAAUCCCUCAAUGGUUCCAAUGAGGAGAAGAAGAGGCCACACAUGCCCUGGAGAAUACUCUGUAGGAAAACAGCAUUUCUCUCUGCAAUUGUUGCCCAUGUCUGUAACAACAACCUGUUCUUCAUCAUGUUCUCCUGGAUGCCAACAUACUUCCAUGAGACAUACCCAGACCAGAAGGGUUGGAUCUUUAAUGUAGUGCCAUGGUUGGUGUCCAUGCCUGGCAGUGUGCUCUCAGGAUGGAUUGCUGAUUCUUUGAUAAGAAAAGGAACAAAUGUCACACUAACAAGAAAGAUGGUUGAGAUUGUAGGUAUGGGAGGACCAGUUGUUUGUUUACUCCUGACAGACUACACGAACAGUUUUGUGAUGGCGCUGAUGGCUGUUUCCAUGGGGAUGUUCAGCCAGGCCUUCCACAACAGUGGGGUGCUUGUCAUACCUCAGGAUAUCGCUCCUUCGUUUGCUGGUGCCGUCUUUGGUGUCAUGAAUAUGCUGGGUGCCAUACCAGGUGUGGUGGGUGUGUACCUGGCAGGGCACAUUCUGGAGCUGACAGGCAGCUGGGCAGCUGUCUUCCACCUGACAGCUGCCAUCAACACCUUCGGACUGCUCGUGUUCCUAGUCUACGGAUCAGCUGAGAGAAUAGUGUGAGGGACAGACAAGCCUGGAGAAGGACAAACAAACACUGCCAUUCUACUCAUCAUCAUCAUCAUAUCUUGUGCAUGGCAGUAGAUAUGCCAUUCUACUGUAAACCUUGAAAUGUACUAGGUUGUUGUAUUUUCACAAUCAUGGUGACCUCUUAUUGCAAAAUUUCUAAUGAAUUACAGAAUUUCCAACCAAGAUCUUCAGACACAGAGAAAACCCCAUUUGCCCUUCUACCGCAAAAUGACUGAUAUUAUUACAGUUUAAAUCUAUCAUCAGUGUUCUUCUCACCCCUCAUAGACUUGUACAUGUACUACACUUAGAAAAGAUCCAUGUACUGGUAUACUGUACAAAAAAUGUACCUCUACACAUUCCAGUCUUUGUACAUGUAAGUGCAAUAAGUGUGACACAUUGCACAGUAAUUGCACACUGCCUAAAAGGAAAUUCUCUUACAUUUUAAACCGAAUGCUUGCCACAAUGUUUAGUCUUGUAUCUUAUCAUCUUUGUUUUAGAAAGGUGGUCAUAAAUGUAUAUAUUUGGUAAUUUUGUAGCUGAUAUUAUACUUAAAGUGGUAUUGAUAAUGAAAAUAUUAUGGUGAUGGGUUGUUGCUAUUGCUAACAAAACCUUUUGAAAUCUAUUUAUGUAAUACCAUAUAAAAUGUAUGUACCAUAAUACCAUGUAAAAACCUUCAUGCUACAAAUGUAUGAACGAGUAUUACAGAUGACAUCACAACAUAUCUAGACAUUAGGGACAAAUGCAAUCAACUUCUUAUUUAUUGAUGGCAUUGUAAACAAAAUUAGGUACUUUUUGAAAAAUAAUGUACAUGUCUUUGAUUUUAUGUGGGUGUUGGAUGGUCCAGAGAUUAUGUGUCAUAACUUGAAUACUUGGCAUUCAAACUCACAUCAAAAGAUAAAGUGCAAUUUUUGUAAAAGACACAAAUAAAAUUUGCAAAGAGGAUACUUGCUUCA